AACGGAGAGGCGGCUGAACUACACUGGGAGCCGAUGUCUUCGGGCGAGCGUCACUCUCUGAGCGACGUUAACUUAACGCUGGCAACCGUUCUUGCGGCACAUGAGGCCGAGAGCUCCCCGAGGACUGUGAGGCUGCAUGCCUGGGCUUGCCUCGUCGCUGCCGCCGGUCCCUCCUAGCCUUUUAAUGGUCAGUGCUACCUAACGGAAGAACGCUUCGGCGGGAAACAGGAACUGUCAACGCGCUUGUGGAACAUUAGAUCGCCCUCUGCUCACCGUGGCCAUGCAACUUUCCCGGCAGAAGCCUCGCAGAUUCUAUUACGGAUUCUAGCGGGUGACGGGGCUCGACCUUCCAUCGUCCUCACGAAUGACUCCAACACCCCCACCCCGCCCCGGUCCUUUUCGGGCGGACAGCCCGAGUCCCUACACUUGGCUUCACGCUAGUCCUGUCCACGCAUUCGGACUUCUCAGCCCGGCUCUGUUCCGUUGAGAGCAAGUCCAGAGUUGACAACCGGCCACAUGCCCAACGUCAGCCCUACAAAUCCCGAAGACCAACUCGGCAACACCGUCGCUACGGCAACCCCGUACACACGCUUCCUCCCCGCGCAGGUAGAAAAGCUCGCGGGACUUCCCCGCCCAACUGAGAUUCCCGAGUCAGGAGGCGGGGCCGAAAGAGGAGGAAGUCCCUCCUAGGCCGGCGCACCUCGGCGGCGCACUCCUCGCGAGAUCGCCGAGGUCUGACUCUCCGGAAGUGUGGUCGGAGGUAAAGGUACUGUGCGUUGGACUCGUCGGCCGCCGUAGCCCCUGCUAGGGCAGCCCGUGCGAACCUGCUGGAAGAGGAAGAGAAAGGCAGCGAGUCGGGUUACAAGAUGGCGGAUCUGUAGUCGUAACCGCGGCGGGCGGCGGCGGCAGCGGGAGAGCGAGCGAGCUCUGGGGAGCAAAGGGAAGGGAGGGUGGUUGUGCGCCUUGGUGAAGAGAGGGGUAGCGGAGACCACGAGCGGAGGGCUCUCGGUGGCUCUGGUCACCCCUUCUCGCGGCUAAACCUUUGGAGCCAUGGUAAACUCGGGCCUCUCCAGAGUCGCUGCCACCACCGCCGCUGCCGCCGCUACCGGCUCUCAAGAGUGAGAGAUACCGGCGAGGUGAGCGAGGAGGUGGCGGCUGGAACGGUGGGGCCAGUAGCCACCAUGUCGGAUACACGGAGGCGAGUGAAGGUCUAUACCCUUAACGAAGACCGGCAAUGGGACGACCGAGGCACCGGGCACGUCUCCUCCACUUACGUAGAGGAGCUCAAGGGGAUGUCGCUGCUGGUUCGAGCAGAGUCGGACGGAUCUCUACUCUUAGAGUCAAAGAUAAAUCCAAACACUGCAUAUCAGAAACAGCAGGAUACAUUAAUUGUUUGGUCGGAAGCUGAAAACUAUGAUCUGGCUCUAAGUUUUCAAGAAAAAGCUGGCUGUGAUGAAAUUUGGGAAAAAAUUUGUCAAGUUCAAGGUAAGGACCCAUCCGUAGAAGUCACACAGGACCUCAUUGAUGAAUCCGAAGAAGAACGAUUUGAAGAAAUGCCAGAAACUAGUCAUCUAAUUGACCUGCCCACAUGUGAACUCAGUAAACUUGAAGAGAUUGCUGACUUAGUUACCUCAGUUCUCUCCUCACCUAUCCGUAGGGAAAAGCUGGCUCUGGCCUUGGAAAAUGAAGGCUAUAUCAAAAAACUACUACAGCUAUUCCAAGCUUGUGAGAACCUAGAAAAUACUGAAGGCUUACACCAUCUGUAUGAAAUUAUUAGAGGAAUCUUAUUCCUAAAUAAGGCAACACUUUUUGAGGUAAUGUUUUCUGAUGAGUGUAUCAUGGAUGUCGUGGGAUGCCUUGAAUAUGAUCCUGCUUUGGCUCAGCCAAAAAGACAUAGAGAAUUCUUAACUAAAACUGCAAAGUUUAAGGAAGUUAUACCAAUAACAGAUUCGGAACUAAGGCAAAAAAUACAUCAGACUUACAGGGUACAGUACAUUCAGGACAUCAUUUUGCCUACACCAUCUGUUUUUGAAGAAAAUUUCCUUUCCACUCUUACAUCUUUUAUUUUCUUCAACAAAGUUGAAAUAGUCAGCAUGCUGCAGGAAGAUGAGAAGUUUUUGUCUGAAGUUUUUGCACAAUUAACAGAUGAGGCUACAGAUGAUGAUAAAAGGCGCGAGUUGGUUAAUUUCUUCAAAGAAUUUUGUGCAUUUUCUCAGACAUUGCAACCUCAGAACAGGGACGCUUUUUUCAAAACCUUAGCAAAAUUGGGAAUUCUUCCAGCUCUUGAAAUUGUAAUGGGCAUGGAUGACUUGCAAGUCAGAUCAGCUGCUACAGAUAUAUUUUCUUAUCUGGUAGAGUUUAGUCCAUCCAUGGUCCGAGAAUUUGUGAUGCAAGAAGCCCAGCAGAGUGAUGAUGAUGUACUGCUUAUCAAUGUGGUGAUUGAACAGAUGAUUUGUGAUACUGACCCUGAGCUAGGAGGUGCUGUGCAGUUAAUGGGACUUCUCCGUACUCUAAUUGAUCCAGAGAACAUGUUGGCUACAACUAAUAAAACUGAAAAGAGUGAGUUCUUAAAUUUCUUCUACAACCAUUGUAUGCAUGUUCUCACAGCUCCACUUUUGACCAAUACAUCAGAAGACAAAUGCGAGAAAGAUAAUAUGCUUGGAUCUAACAAAACCAACACAAUUUGCCCUGAUAAUUAUCAAACAGCACAGCUGCUUGCCUUAAUUUUAGAGUUACUCACAUUUUGUGUGGAACAUCACACAUACCACAUAAAAAACUACAUCAUGAACAAGGACUUACUAAGAAGAGUCUUGGUGUUGAUGAAUUCAAAGCACACUUUUCUGGCCUUGUGUGCUCUUCGCUUUAUGAGGCGAAUAAUUGGCCUUAAAGAUGAAUUUUAUAAUCGUUACAUCACCAAAGGAAAUCUUUUUGAGCCAGUUAUAAAUGCCCUUUUGGAUAAUGGAACUCGGUACAAUCUUUUAAAUUCAGCUGUUAUUGAAUUGUUUGAAUUUAUAAGAGUGGAAGAUAUCAAGUCUCUUACUGCACAUAUAGUUGAAAACUUUUAUAAAGCACUUGAAUCGAUUGAAUAUGUUCAGACCUUCAAAGGAUUGAAGACUAAAUAUGAACAAGAAAAAGACAGACAAAAUCAGAAACUGAACAGUGUACCAUCUAUAUUGCGUAGUAACCGAUUUCGCAGAGAUGCAAAAGCCUUGGAAGAGGAUGAAGAAAUGUGGUUUAAUGAAGAUGAUGAUGAUGAAGGAAAGGCAGUCAUAACACCAGUUGAAAAAUCUAAGACUGAAGAUGAUUUUCCAGAUAGUUAUGAAAAAUUUAUGGAAACUAAAAAAGCAAAAGAAAGUGAAGACAAGGAAAACCUUCCCAAAAGGACAUCAACUGGUGGCUUCAAAUUUACUUUCUCCCAUCCCCCCAGUGCUACUAAUGGAACAAACAGUACAAACAGUAAGUCUGUAGUGGGUCAGACAACACCAGCAAGUUCUAAUGUGUCCUCUUCCAAAACUACAAACUUGGCCACAUCAGUGACAGCCACAAAGGGAAGUUUGGUUGGCUUGGUAGACUAUCCAGAUGAUGAAGAGGAAGAUGAAGAAGAAGAAUCAUCCCCCAGGAAAAGACCUCGACUGGGCUCGUAGAACCCUUGCUGGGGGGUUCCCACCACAUGGUCUUACUAACUGCUGCAGCUGCUCACGCACGGAGCUGAAUGGGAAAGCUUUCAUAUGGAACUUAACACACGUAGUAGCAGAGACUCUUGGUUGCCAGGUAGGAAAGUGUAGUUGUGUAAGAACAGGGCUUCCCAAAAACUUAAUUCCUAGUAAUUAAAGGGUUUUUGCCUUUUGGGCUGUCCAAAAAAGAAGAAUGAUAAUUAGAUCCUGGGUGAAAGCUUCCCAACAAGGAAAGUCUCAUAUUUGGGGUAAGAAGGGUUGAUUGUUCCCAAAAUCCAACCUAGAGAAAAUUGUGAGACUUCAGUACCCAAUAAUAUUGCUUGUAUAAUGGUGCUGGCCACGUUGUUUUAAUCAGUUGCCUUUUUUUAAAAGACAUUUUUAUGUAAAGCAAAUUGAACUGUCAUCAGAAAUGAAGUUACAUUGUUGGGACCAUUUCAUUAAAGAUUUCACAGAAGUUAGCCUUUGGUAUUUGACAGGACAUACACCCUAGGUAACAAACAGCACAUACCAAUUUCUCUACACCAGGAACUUCUAAUACAUUUAAAAAAAGAAAAAAAGAAAGCUGGGUUCCAAAUGGAUAGUAUUCUUAAAGAACUUUAAAGUCAGCAUUUUUACAGGUAACAGCAGCCAAGAAAUGCAGCAGCAAUGUUCUGAAAUGCUCCUCUUCCACCAACCUGGGAGUGGCUAGAACGGGGGGGGUGGGGGGGUUCCAGUAGUCACAUUCUGCUUUCUCAGUAAAGUUAGGUCUGGGUGUUCUAAGAGCUGCUGAUAAAUAUAUAAAGACCAACAAAGAAUGGUGCUGAGUUAAAAUGGCACUUAAUAUCUACAGGUCAUUCUAGCCUAGAGGUUAAUAUCACAGUCACAUGCAGCCUAGGAAGCUCUUCCACAGACAAGAGGGUUAUGUGAAAGCUGCUUUUUUAAGAGAUUUUAAAAAGCACAUUCCAUGUAUGUAAAUGAUCUUAAAAUAAUUGAAGCAAGCCGUUAAGAGCUUUUAUUUUUUAGAACAAGUUAACUGUAAAUAUUUUAAUGGUAGUUUACUCAUCUAUGAUCUAAGAUCAUUGCUGAGAUGAGAAAAAUGACCCCAAACUACAAUUUAAUGCAAAAAAGAUCUAAAAAUAGUAAUUCUAGCUCCAGUCUUUUAGAUCUCUAUAAUAUGUUAUGGGUCCAUUUUUCCUGGAAUAGCUUAAAAGCAGUUUCCUAUGUUGGAAAUUUUGGAGUUAAUUUUAAUUUUGGCUAUUGUUUGGAAAAGAUGGGCUGUCCGUGUAGAUACGAAGUAUAGUUUUUCCAUAAAACAGAUGUUUAUUUUGUAUUAAAAAUACCACUGUACUUGUUUUACACCAUUUGUAUACAUGUGGUGAUAUUACUGCUAAACUGUAAAAUUCAGGAAUUAAAAUGUGACCCUAUAAUUCCAUGAUUGAGGCUUCUGUUUGUUUUGUUGUAAAUUAAGUGAUUAAGUGAACUAUUUUUGAGAUAUGUCCAGUUUACAUUGUCUUUUAAAGGCUGAUAAAAUCCAUAAAGAUAUGUUAUAAGCCACUAGGUCAGAAAGUCUUAAUUGCAAGACUCAACCAUUCUUUAAAUAUCACUUACAAGAGGUAAACCUUGAGCAAACCUAACAGUAUAAAGCCAUUCUCACCUCUAAACAAAGGUACACAUACAACAAGCAUUCAUCUUGUAUCACAAGUGAACUGGGAUUCUUUCAGCCAACAUCAAUAAGUUACUGUAUGAGUAGGCAUUCUUUAAAGCAAGUUUUAUGAAGCCUCUACCAUCUUAGUGCUUAGAAUCUAAGCAGCCCUGACCUAUCAACUGUUCUGUUAACUCUUUUGUUAUGUUAACUAAAGUACUGUAUCAUAUAAAGAUUUCCUUUAAUUUUCCUUUCUGAGGAACUUCAAACUUUUAAGACAUUAUUAUGGGAAGUGUUUCUUACAGUGGAAAUAUGAAUGUUUUCUUAAAGUCCAAGGGCAACAGUUGUGUAAUGCAUAUGCUCACCCACAUGAUGAAAGGAUCCUUGGAAGGUACAACUAGGAAGAUUCCACAGUAGCUGCUGUCCUGAAUGACGACCCUCAUGCAGGCUGGGGUGCUUACAGCAUUAUCUCCACUCAGCUAGUUCAAGUCAGAGCACACAUUUGUAUGCCUUAGGUCCUAAAAAUAUCUGUAAACAUGUACCUAAUAAAAAACUAUUUUUAAUAAAAAGUUAUGUGAAACAGA